AUGUCUACAGUCACAUCUCGGACGUUUGUCGUCCAUCUCGCGGACCAUUCUGAAGCAACCUUUCGCGCAGCACGGCGCGUCACGAUACACGCAGAUAUUCUAAAAAGUGCAAAGCUUUGCGCAGGUGAUGUUGUCGCAGUCUCUGGAGCAACAUCUACAGCGAAGGCCUUCGCAGUGGGUAUCGCAUGGCCCUCUCAUGAUGUAUCACAAGACUUCGUUCUCGUCUCUUCUUCCCUGCUUCUAACCGCGAAUCUGAGGGAAGGCGAGAAGAUCGAGGUUACUCCGCUGAAUGGCUCGAAGCUCUCCCCGCACCUGCCGUCGUUGCGCAAGGCACAAACGGCUCGGAGAGUGCGCCUUGCCGAGAUGGACAUACAUUCAAAACCGCAGGCAGGAUCUUCGUCGUCCAAACAAGCGGGACACGGCGCCGUCGGCCGCCGCGAUUGGCUCACUCUGCUGAUCAGGGAAGCACUAGUGGACCUGAAGUACCUUACGCCCACACAGACUUUAGAUGUCACAUACGAGGGUCAAGACCGUCGGUUUAGACUAUCUUCCGUAUACACCAGUAUAUCGGAAGCUGAAGCCACCAAUGAAAAUGAGUUGGCAGAUGGCUUAAGGAACCUGACAAUGUCGACCUCCCCGCAACUGUGGAUUGCGAAUUGGGAUACUGUGGUUCAGUUAGUCGAUGCGGAAAGCAAAGAUCAGAGUCCUGAUACAACAAGACAGGCCAUUGUCGCUGUGGGCCAUGACGAAGCUCCCCAGGCAUAUACGGCUGUUGGCGGCCUCGACAAACAGAUCGCUCAAAUUCGCGAUCUGAUCGAAAUCCCUCUCACCCGGCCGGAUCUCUUUCGCCAUUUUGGCCUCAAGCCCCCGCGUGGCGUUCUCUUGCACGGUCCGCCAGGAACAGGCAAGACGCACCUCGCGCGCGCGAUCGCCGCAUCGACGCGCUCCGCCGUGCUCGUGGUCAAUGGGCCCGAGCUCUCCUCCGCGUAUCACGGCGAGACGGAGGCGAAGCUGCGCGAUGUCUUCGCUGAGGCACGCGCACGUAGCCCGUGCAUUGUCGUGCUAGAUGAGGUCGACGCGCUUUGUCCACGUAGAGAGGACGGACCCGGCGGGGAGGUAGAGAAGCGCGUUGUGGCGCAGCUACUGACAAUUAUGGACGGAAUGGGCGGGGACGACAAGGACGGGGAGCAAGAACGCGUCGUUGUGGUUGCUACGACGAACAGACCUAAUGCUAUUGACCCAGCGCUGAGAAGGCCUGGCAGAUUCGACAGGGAGAUUGAAAUAGGCAUACCUGACGCGGAGGCGCGUUAUUCAAUUCUCAACGUGCUCCUGAAGAAAGCGCCUCAUGCAAUCUCAUCAGAGGACCUCCACUCGAUCGCAGCGCGUGCACAUGGCUAUGUCGGCGCGGACUUGAGCGCCGUCGUCCGCGAAGCGGGCACGCUUGCAAUUAAGCGCUGGCUCUCUACUCAACCACUUACUGACACACCUCCUGUCUGCCCCUCCCCUUCGUCUUAUCAACCGCAGCUGACCCACGCGGACUUGCUUACCGCGCUACCCUCCGUGCGCCCGUCCGCGCUGCGCUCGCUCUUUCUCGACACCACGCCUGUACACUGGGCAGACAUAGGCGGGCAGGCAGGCACGAUCGCGCGCCUACGCGAGUGCGUUGAGUGGCCGCUGCUGCAUCCGGACGCAUUUGCGCGUCUCGGCGUGCGUGCACCGAAAGGCGUGCUGUUGUACGGUCCGCCGGGGUGUAGCAAGACACUGCUCGUGCGUGCGUGCGCGACCGAGAGUGGUGUUAACUUCCUUGCAGUGAAGGGCCCCGAGCUGCUUAACAAGUACGUGGGCGAGUCUGAGCGCGCGGUACGUGAAAUAUUCAGCAAGGCGCGUGCCGCGUCACCGGCGAUUGUAUUUUUCGACGAGAUAGAUGCUCUCGCGACUUCUAGGUCCUCAAGUGAUAGCACUGGGGGUGUUCACGAAGGCGUGCUUACGAGCCUCCUGAACGAGAUGGACGGCGUGCAGGAGCUCGUCGGUGUCACCAUCGUCGCAGCGACGAACAGGCCCGAGGCCAUCGACUCGGCGCUCAUGCGCCCUGGGCGGCUGGAUCGCAUCCUCUACGUGGGCCCACCGGACUUGCAGGGCCGAGAAGAGAUCCUGCGUAUCCGCACGCGCAAGAUGAGCGUCGAGCCUGAAAUCAACUUUGCCGAGAUCGCGAGGAUGACGGAAGGGUACUCUGGAGCGGAGUUGACGGCGCUCUGCCAGGAGGCAGCGCUCCUGACGAUGAAAAAAGACAUGAACGCACCAUACGUACCCUCCGACGCAUUCGUAUCCGCCGCCCGCGCGUUGAAAAAGCAGAUUACCCCAGAGGUGGUCGCCAGGUACGAGAGAUGGAGAGACCAGAAUGGUGUUACCGAGGCAUAA